AUGGAUGUAAAUAAUGUAAAAAUACUUAAAGAAGCAAAUGUUUGUGGACCAUUUGUUAAAAAACAACUUUGGAAGCUUAUACGUGGAAAAUUUUUAAUUACCUUCUACCUUUGUCAAGAAUGCCAAAACAAUCUAUUUUAUUCACAAGAGAAAUUUUGCGAAAAUUCUUCGGGUGUUACAUUGAAGAUUGAUUUAUGUAACAAGUGCGUCGAUGCGAAUUGUAAAGCUACUGAUAUUCUUGCACCAUAUAAGAAAAUCGGAACAAAAAGAAAGGCUGAAUAA